UUCACCAUCGACCGCUUAGCCAAAUUCUUGAGCUCAAACAAAAAUAGGCUGCAACUGCUGUCAUAUCCUGAAUUAGACAUGGCUGCGACCGGAGUUCUCCCCUUCAUCAGGGGAGUAGACUUGAGUGGGAAUGACUUUAAGGGGGGCUAUUUUCCUGAGCAUGUGAAGUCUAUGACCAGCUUGCGAUGGCUCAAGCUGAACAGAACUGGGCUUUGCUAUCUUCCAGAGGAAUUGGCCUCCUUACAGAAACUGGAACAUUUGUCAGUGAGUCACAACAACCUCACAACCCUGCAUGGAGAAUUGUCAAGUCUUCCCAACCUGAGGGCAGUUGUGGCUAGAGCAAACAACCUGAAGAACUCUGGAGUUCCUGAUGAUAUUUUUCAGCUGGACGAUCUUUCUGUGCUGGACCUGAGCUACAACCAACUAACUGAGAUACCAAGGGACUUGGAGAACUCCAGGAACAUGUUGGUCUUGAACCUCUGUCACAAUAGCAUUGAUAACAUACCAAAUCAGCUGUUCAUUAACCUCACCGAUCUGCUCUACCUGGACCUUAGUAACAAUAAUUUGGACAGCCUGCCUCCACAGAUGAGACGCUUGGUCCAUUUGCAGACCCUGAUACUUAAUAAUAAUCCACUUAUGCAUGCACAACUGAGGCAGUUACCUGCUAUGGUGGCACUUCAAACUCUUCAUUUAAGGAACACACAGCGUACCCAGAAUAAUAUGCCGACGAGUUUAGAGGGUCUCGCCAAUCUAGCAGACGUGGACCUGUCCUGCAAUGAUCUCGCUCGGAUGCCAGAGUGCUUGUAUUCCCUGCCAAAUCUAAAACGGCUCAAUCUGAGCAGCAAUCAGAUAACAGAGCUGUCAUUGUGUAUAGACCAGUGGACCAAGCUCGAAACUCUCAACCUUUCUAGGAACCAGCUCACAUCCCUGCCUUCUGCCAUUUGCAAGCUGUCCAAACUGAAGAAGCUGUAUGUCAACUCAAAUAAGCUUGAUUUUGAUGGACUUCCCUCUGGUGUGGGAAAAUUGUCCAACCUGGUAGAAUUCAUGGCUGCAAAUAAUAAUUUGGAGCUUGUUCCAGAGGGACUGUGCAGGUGUGGGAAAUUGAAAAAGCUGGUCUUGAACAAGAACCGGCUGGUGACAUUACCAGAGGCCAUCCAUUUCCUGACUGAAUUGGAAGUUUUGGAUGUUCGUGAGAAUCCAAAUCUGGUCAUGCCCCCUAAACCAGUAGACAGGACAGCUGAGUGGUACAACAUAGACUUCUCCUUGCAGAACCAGCUACGGUUGGCUGGUGCUUCCCCGGCCACUGUGGCAGCAGCCGGUGGAGGAAAUAGCCCAAGAGACCAUAUGGCCAGGAAAAUGAGGCUGAGGAGACGGAAGGACUCAUCUCAGGAUGAUGAUCAGGCUAAACAGGUGCUGAAGGGAAUGUCAGACGUGGCUCAGGAGAAGAACAAAUCUAUUGCGGAGAAUGGUGACUUGAAAUACUCCGACCUGAAAACCAAGCGCUGGGACAAAAACCUGGAGAAACCUCAGCUGGAUUAUUCUGAAUUCUUCUUGGAGGAUGUGGGGCAGAUUCCAGGUGUUACAGUUUGGCAGAUAGAGAACUUUGUGCCGAUGCAGGUGGACGAGGCCUUCCAUGGAAAGUUCUAUGAGGCUGACUGUUACAUUAUUCUUAAGACUUUCUUGGAUGACAAUGGAGCCCUGAACUGGCACAUCUAUUACUGGAUCGGGCAGGAAGCUACCCUUGAUAAGAAAGCAGGCUCUGCCAUCCAUGCUGUCAAUCUUCGUAAUUAUUUGGGUGCUGAUGGCAGGACAAUCAGAGAGGAGAUGGGAGACGAAAGCGAAGAAUUCCUUGCGGUGUUUGACAAUGCAAUCUCUUACAUUGAGGGUGGUACUGUCAGUGGAUUUUUCACAGUAGAGGACACUCAAUACCCGACCAGGCUGUACAGAGUGUAUGGAAAAAAGAACAUCAGAUUAGAAUCUGUGCCUGUGAAAGGAUCAUCGCUUGACCCACGAUAUGUCUUUUUGCUGGACGCUGGUCUUGAGUUAUUUGUUUGGAGAGGAGGGAAUGCAACUCUUGGUGGUACUACCAAAUCAAGGUUAUUUGCUGAAAAGAUCAACAAAAAUGAGCGAAAAAGCAAAGCAGAGAUCACAACGUUGAUGCAGAAUCACGAACCUCCAGAAUUCUGGGAAAUUCUUGGUGGACAGCCAGAGGAAAUCAAGAAGCAUGUCCCAAAUGACUUUACUCCUAUUCGACCCAAGCUCUACAAGGUUGGCUUGGGUUUGGGAUACCUUGAACUUCCUCAGAUCAACUACAAACUCUCCGUUGAGCACAAAGAUAAGCUAAAACUUGAUGUGGUUCCAGAGCAGAGACUGGUACAAGGUCUCUUGGACACUAAAGGUGUCUACAUCUUAGAUUGCUGGUCUGAUGUCUUCAUCUGGAUUGGCCGCAAGUCCCCACGUCUUGUUAGGGCAGCUGCAUUGAAAUUGGGCCAAGAGGUGUGCAGUAUGCUCCAUCGUCCAAAACACGCCGUGGUAAUCCGUAAUCUGGAGGGCACUGAGUGCCAGGUCUUCAAAUCCAAGUUCAAGAACUGGGAUGACGUGUUGAAGGUGGACUAUACAAGGAACGCAGAGAGUGUAAAGCAAAAUGAGGGCUUGUCUGGAAAGGUGAAGAAGGAUGCAGAGCAGAAGGACCAGAUGAAAGCUGAUCUAACAGCUCUGUUUCUGCCUAGACAGCCACCCAUGCCCCUCACAGAGGCGGAGCAGAUGAUGGAGGAGUGGAAUGAGGACUUGGAUGGCAUGGAGGGAUUUGUUCUGGAGGGGAAGAAGUUUGCCCGUUUGCCAGAGGAGGAGUUCGGUCACUUUCACACUCAGGACUGCUAUGUAUUUCUGUGCAGGUACUGGGUGCCUGUGGAAUAUGAAGAUGAUCAAGAGAAAGACAAAGUGAAAGCAGGAGGAGGAGAGGAUGAAGAAAAACAGACUGAGGAAGACUUCCAGUGUGUGGUUUACUUCUGGCAAGGCCGUGAGGCUUCCAACAUGGGCUGGCUGACCUUCACUUUCAGCCUGCAGAAGAAGUUUGAGAGCUUGUUCCCAGGCAAACUAGAGGUUGUGAGAAUGACCCAGCAACAGGAGAACCUCAAGUUCUUAUCACACUUUAAGAGGAAGUUCAUCAUCCACAAAGGCAAGAGGAAGCUAAAGGUGGACAGUGUGCAGCCAAGCUUAUACCACAUCAGGACGAAUGGAAGUGCACUGUGCACCAGGACUAUUCAAAUAGCCACUGAUUCCAGUAACCUCAACUCUGAAUUCUGCUUCAUAUUGAAGGUGCCAUUUGAAAGUACAGAUAACCAGGGAAUAGUGUAUACAUGGGUUGGCAGAGCAGCAGACCCAGAUGAAGCUAAACUGUCAGAGGACAUCAUGAACACCAUGUUUGAUGAUUCAUACAGCAAACAGGUGAUAAAUGAAGGGGAGGAGCCAGAAAAUUUCUUCUGGGUUGGCAUUGGCUCACAGAAGCCUUACGAUGAAGAUGCAGAGUACAUGAAAUAUGCCAGACUGUUUAGGUGCUCUAAUGAGAAAGGUUACUUUGCUGUAUCGGAGAAAUGCUCUGACUUCUGUCAAGAUGACCUGGCCGAUGAUGAUAUCAUGCUUCUGGACAAUGGAAAAGAGGUUUACAUGUGGGUUGGCUCACAGACAAGCCAAGUGGAGAUCAAACUGAGCCUGAAGGCUUGUCAGGUCUAUAUUCAACACAUGAGGUCUAAGGAUUCAGAGCACCCAAGGAAACUGCGCCUGGUGCGCAAAGGCAAUGAGCCUCACUGUUUUACACGUUGUUUCCAUGCCUGGAGCAUCUUCAAGACCGCACCUGCAUAAACUAGCCUUGCACCUCACAGAUUCUGUCUAAAAUACAACACAUCCACAUGCAUUAGAGUUCAGAAAACUACAUCUCUCAUAACAGACCCUCCAUUAUCACUGUGCACUGCAACUCUUUGUAAAGCUCACAAAUAUAAUUGCUAAUCAUAAACCUUUAUGUGUAGGUUUAAAAUCAGAGUUUAAAGGGAUAGUGCACCCAAAAAUGAAAAUUCUGCAGCCUGAUCUGUCACCCAUAAGUUGCUCCAAACCCAUCAAAAACCAACCCAGUCAGUUAAAGUGAAUGAUAACUCCAGCUGUCAUUAUACCUAAUGUCUCUUUUUGUGUUACACGAAAGAAGGAAUUUUAAUUUUUAGGUGAACUAUCCAUUUUAAUGAUGCAGCACUUGGGUAAGCCUUACCUUGUAAGAUACAAAUGUUGUAUUCUUUAAGGGAUGGUUUUAGGAAGAACAUAUCUGUUCUAAGGGAGAGUUUUUUCUUUUUAACCAUCUGGCUGCACAAGUGUUGUGAAUUGUUAUAUCUGUUUACAAUCUUCUUUGCAUAUGUUAUUUUAAAGAUGACUCCUAAUAUAAUUUGUUUAAGCAAAACUUGCUUAUGCACUAGAUGCAUAUCAUAACAAUUGACUGCAAAGACUUCCAGCUACUGAAAGCACAACACCCAUGUAAAUGUUUCAGAUUUCAUCUAAAAACAUAUCUGAAUUUGUGCCACUCACAUCAGAUCUGUUAUUUGUCUUUUGAAUGUCUGUUUCAUUGCUUUACCUUUGGGAUGUUGACUUUGAUGUCAACGCUGAUGGAAUAGCGAAUUGCACAGUCUUUGUGGGAUGUUCUUUGAUACAUUACAUGUUGGAAAAUAAUUUGCGCUUUGAUGCCCUUAAACUGCUCAACACGUCCAAGUCUGGGUUGAUCCAAGUGGUUUAAAUUAAAAACGUAAUCUGUAAUUGCAAUGAAUGGCAAUCCUGCAGUAAUAAUACAACAGUGCACCCUAUGAUUCGGUAUAGAGUAUUCACAUACAUUUUCUAUAGGCCUUUGGUUUAGAGGAGCUUAUGUCCGCUAUUAAGCUGGCAUUGUUUUAUCAAAAAGUUUAUAGUCCCCUGUGUAUGAACUAGAUAUUUUUUUUUUUUUAAUACUGAAUAUUUGUUGAACUUUGAUAGGGACAUUUGUUUAGCAAGGAAAUACAUUUUGUUUUAAUUAUGCUAGUCCCAUUUCUUAUCGCUAUCAUAAAAGGGAUUGAUAGAGGUGAAUAAUACAUAUUCGCAGUUUAUGGUGAGCUGCCCUUUUCCAUUUCUUUUUGACAUAGCAGCUUUUUGUCUGCAUAUAUAAACGUGUUUCUAUGUGGACAAAUAUUUUCUGCCACCAUUUUCACCUGCAGAUGCUCUAUUUAUGUAUUUUGUAUUGAAUAAAGUUUAAUUGCA